AUGGGCGACAUUCUGCUCCCAGAACCCACAAGCGCGGGAGAUAGAGACGCGGCAAGACGCCCUUCAGGUCCAAUUCACAGCGAGAGACACGUCCGAAUCAUCUGCGUCGGUGCGGGUGCUUCUGGGUUAUUGCUGGCUUACAAGCUCCAACGGCACUUCUCCAACUACUCGCUUCAGUGUUAUGAAAAGAACCCCUCGGUAGCCGGGACAUGGUUCGAGAACAAGUAUCCCGGAUGCGCCUGUGACUUUCCAUCGCACAACUACACCUGGACUUUUGAACCAAAGCUGGACUGGUCCGCCGUAUACCCACCCGCCCCGGAGAUCCUCGAAUACUUUGAAAACUUUGCUAGGAAGUAUUCGCUAUACCGAUACAUCAAGCUCCAGCACCAGGUCAUCGGCGCCUACUGGAACCCACAAACCGGCGGCUACGACGUCCACGUCAAAGACACAUCCACCGGCGAAACCAUCGUCGAUCACUGCGACUUCCUCAUCAACGCAGGCGGCGUCCUCAACAACUGGAAAUGGCCAGAGAUCCCAGGCCUCUCAAAAUACCGCGGCAAGCUGCUUCACACCGCAAACUGGGACGACGCCGUCUCUCUGGAGGGCAAGCACGUCGGCCUGAUUGGCAACGGCAGCUCAGGCAUCCAAGUCCUGCCCGCGAUUCGCGAACAGUGCAAACGCGUAACGACCUUCAUCCGCCGACCGACGUGGGUGUCACCCGCCCAGGGACUCGAACAGCACUUAUUCAGCCCCGCGGAGAAGGCGGAAUUCGCUACGAAGCCCGGGGCCCUCCUCGAGUAUCGCAAGAAUAACGAGUCUGGUCUCAAUGGGCAAUUUGGGAUAUUCCUCAAGAACAACAAGAUCAACGAGGACACGCAUGCGUACUUUAUCCAGCAGAUGAAGGAGAAGCUCAACGACCCCUCGCUCGAGUCGAAGCUCAUUCCGGACUGGAGCGUGGGCUGUCGUCGGUUGACGCCGGGUGUCAAUUACCUCGAGUCGCUCACCAAGCCCAACGUGGAAGUCGUCUACGGCGGGAUCAGAGGGAUUACGGAACGCGGUUGCGUCACUGACGACGAGCGGGAAUACCCCGUAGACGUGCUGAUAUGCGCCACGGGGUUUGAUACAUCCUUUAAGCCGCGCUUCCCCAUCGUCGGCCCUUCGGGCGAGAACCUCCAGGAUAAAUGGGCCACGGAUCCCGAAUCAUACUUGGGCAUGGGUGCAUCAGGGUUCCCAAACUACUUUAUCAUGCUGGGGCCCAACUGCCCCAUCGGCAACGGUCCCGUCCUCCCGGCCAUCGAGGCGCAGGCGGACUGGAUGCUCAAGGUGAUUGAUCGCUACCAGACUACCAAUGUCGUCUCCUUCACGCCCAAAGAGGAAGCCGUUCGUGACUUUGUGGACUACAAGGAGUCUUUCAUGCCGCAGACCGUCUGGUCGGAUUCGUGUCGGUCGUGGUAUAAGCCCCGUGAUGAUGGACCUGUCGUGGCGCUGUGGCCGGGCUCGACACUGCACUAUAUUGAAGCGAUCAAGGAGGUUCGGUGGGAUGAUCUGGAGGUCAAGUACGCCGGGAAUAGGUUCGCGUGGUUGGGGAACGGGUAUUCGCAGACGGAACUGGAUGAAACCGCGGACUGGGCAUAUUAUAUCCGAGAUGAGGAUGACGAUCCGCCGCUGACGACGGCUGGGAAGAGGAAGGUGCUCACCAAGAGUGGCACUAUCAUGGGUCCGAGAAAGACUGUGACGUUUUGCGGGAAUCCGGAGGAGGACCAGCAGCACCAGGAGGGGGGCAAGGAAGUAUCUAGACUGUAAUGAAUAGCAGACCUAGUAUCACGUUCGAGAAGAUAAGCAAUC